AUGCCUUCUCUCUCCGUCGCGAAAGCCGGCAAUGCCGCCUUCACCCCCUCGUAUGUUCCAGUAAUGGUCAUAACGGGCGCUACUUCCGGAAUCGGGCAAGCAAUAGCCCAGCUCUUCGCGAAUAAUCAGCACGGGCGGGCACACAUCGUCUUGGUUGGGCGCAAUCGCGCUGCCGCCGAAAAAAUUAUCGCCUCUCUUCCAACCACCUCUUCGCCAGCCGAGGACACACCUGAACAAGACCAGCUGCCGACGACGGAAACCCCUAAACCCCAACCUUCAUACGAAUUCAUGUCCUGCGACAUGUCCCUCAUGAAGAACGUCCACGAUCUCGCUCGCGACCUCUCCACCCGUCUGCCGCACAUCAACUUCCUCGUCCACUCAGCUGGAGUCUUUGGCUUCGGCGGACGCCAGGAGACUCCGGAAGGGAUAGACGUCAAGCUCGCCUCGCGAUACUAUGCUCGGUGUGCCUUGACCAACGACCUGCUUCCGUUGCUGAAGAAGGCGAAGGACGAACGCCAGCCAGCGAGCGUGCUGUCUAUCCUCGGGGCAGGUGAAGGUCCGGAGAAGAUCGACCUCGGUGAUCUGGGAUUGAAGAAAAACUACUCUGGGGCGAAGGCGAUGAUGCAAAGUGUGGCGUACAAUGAUCUUAUGGUCGCGGAGCUUGCCAAACGCGAGCCAUCGAUUGCGUUUACACACAUGUACCCCGGUUUCGUCGACACUGGGAUGUUCUCCUUCUCCAACCCUAUCCUCAAGUUCAUCGUAUUCCUCUUCCGGCCGGUCCUCCGCCUCAUGUUGACGACUCCGCAAGACUGCGCUGAAUACGUUCUUCAUGCUCUCCUCGAUGCCGAUAAGGGGAUGUAUCGUCGGAAUAGCUCCGGAGACGACAUCGGCACGGCGAAAUUUCCGCAGGCCGACGGUGUCGAGAAAGAAGAGGCUCAGGCGAUUGUGGGAGCAUUCUCUCGAAGUUACGACGGUCUCGUAACUGUGCAGUUGAUCCAGCUGUCUUCCUUUUUUGUACCAUAUAGCGAAUGA